AUGAAGGUAUCAACUACUACACUCGCUACUGUCAUAGCUUGUACUACUGCUGUUAGUGCAGCUCCAGCUACUUAUGAAUCGUCCGUUCAAAAAAGAGCUGAUACUAAUGAAUUAGCUGAAGCCUUAAGAGAGCUUCAAGCUUUUAACGCCAAAAGAGAUACUCUCAGCAACCACUUAAACAAGAGAGAGUAUGAAAUUGUCACAAAAGUUUUAGCAGCUUUAAACGAUACUGGCAUGGCUCCAAAGGUUAUUAAUUAUCUUGCUACAAAUGAGAACUUGCAACCUGUUGUCAUCAAGACAUUGGUGGCUGUAAUUAAGGCUGGAGCCAUGAAUUUGACCAGUUUAUUCAAGGCAUUAGAUGAAUCUAAUUUAGUUGGUAAAGUUCUUAACGAUCUUAUUUCGGAUUGUCAAUUAUAUGUCUCGUUAUUCAACACUGCUAAAAAGAUAAUUGCUAAUUUAGAACAAAAAGUUGAAACUUUAGUUAAGGAAGGAAUUUCCAAGUUAACUCAAAGAGAUUUAGAAGUUAUGCAACAUCAAACUAGAUCUACAUCGCAAUUACAAUCAGCUGAUAUAGACUUUGACAAGAGAGGUCUUGAUGAUGUGGUUGUUAAUUUAUUGGAUUCUUUAGGGCAAUCGGGAUUAGCAAGUUCUGUUGUCAAAUCUAUUAUUACAGACCCAAGUUACGGUCCUUUUGCUGUCGAAUUGGUUAAAGAAGUUAUGGCUAGUGGCGCUUUGUCAUUAUCUCAACUUAUCAGUGCCGUCAAGGAUUCUAACUUAGUCGGUGAUUUGUUAAAACAAAUUUUAACUGUUGAUACCUUCAAGACUGUGGCAACCAAUGCUUUUGCUGCUUUCUUCGGUAACUGUCCUGGUGCCACUUCAGUUAUUUCUGUGAGUGGAUCUACUGCUACCAGCUCUUCCGGUAGCUCCGGUUCCGGUUCCGGCUCUGGCUCUGGCUCUGGUUCAGGUUCAGGUUCUACAACUGUGAACCCAUGUAAGAAGAAGAGAAGAAGAAGAUCUUACAACUAUUAA